GAGUUUGGAGGAUCUUGAUGAGGAGUCACUGAAGUUCCUCCCGAUAUUAUUGAAUAGAUUAUUUAUUCUGUUGACUCAAUCAUUUGACCACGUGGAGGAGAUCAAACUGGAUAUGAUUAAAGUUCUAGUUUCAAUUGUGAAGGAGAUAACUAGUUUUAAUAGAGAGGAUUUACUGAAAUCUUACGUUGAAUAUUCAUUCCUGACCACUGUUGAUCCAAUCAGUGACAAGACUGUCCACGAGGAGGUGGUUAGACUGUUAGUUGAGUAUGUAACAGGAAAACACGACAAGGAGAAUCAACUACUACUGUACAUUUGGUUCUUUUUUGAUGUCGUCAUAAAAAGUAUUGCACAGUCCAAGGACAUGAGACACGAAAAUGAAACA